GGUGUCGCUUCUCAGUGGGAACAGGGCGGGGCUCUGCGCAUGCGCGCUCGCCCCCCACUUCCCCAGCUGCAGCUCUGUCCGCCUUCGCGGCGAUUCGUAGCGACAGACUGCGGUCUGCAGGGGGAAUCUUCUCCGCGCUCACGGAUUUCGCUCAUCUUCCUCAGAGCCGCCCCGCCAGCAGCACCAUCAGCAGCAGCAGCAGCAGCAUCAUCGCCGCCCCUCUCUCCUCCUCCUCCUCGUUCACCUCCGCCGUUUCCGCGGGAAUCCGAGUCGCGAGACUCCCACCGUGACCGACCGUCCGUCUGUCCGCGGGUCGCGCGCCGAGCCGAGAAAAAUGUCGGGCUUUCAGGGCAAGAAGAACAUCCCGCGCAUCACGAGUGACCGACUUCUGAUCAAAGGAGGCAAAAUUGUGAAUGAUGACCAGUCUUUCCUCGCUGACAUCUACAUGGAGGAUGGAGUCAUCAAGCAAAUUGGAGAGAACCUCAUUGUUCCUGGAGGGGUGAAGACCAUCGAUGCCCACGGUCGCAUGCUCAUACCAGGGGGCAUCGAUGUCCAUACUCGCUUCCAGAUGCCUGACCGGGGCAUGACUGCAGCUGAUGACUUUUACCAGGGCACCCGUGCCGCCCUGGCUGGGGGCACCACCAUGAUCAUCGAUCACGUUGUCCCUGAACCCGGAUCCAGCCUGGUGGCGGCAUUCGAGCAGUGGCGCUCAUGGGCGGACAGCAAGUCCUGCUGCGACUACUCACUGCACGUGGACAUCACUGACUGGCACAAGGGUGUACAGGAGGAGAUGGAGACGCUGGUCAAGGACCACGGGGUGAACUCCUUCCUGGUCUACCUGGCCUUCAAGGAUGUCUUCCAGCUCACUGAUUCCCAGAUCUACGAGGCGUUCAGUGUGAUCAGGGACCUGGGGGCCAUCGCGCAGGUCCAUGCUGAGAACGGGGACAUCGUGGCUGAGGAGCAGCGGCGCAUUUUGGAGCUUGGCAUCACCGGCCCGGAGGGACACGUGCUUAGCCGCCCUGAAGAGGUGGAGGCAGAAGCGGUCAACCGUUCCAUCACAGUGUCCAAUCAGACCAACUGCCCCCUGUAUGUUACCAAGGUGAUGAGUAAGAGCGCUGCUGAUGUCAUUGCCCUGGCCAGGAAGAAAGGUACCGUGGUAUAUGGGGAGCCCAUUUCCGCCAGCCUGGGCACUGAUGGCUCUCACUACUGGAGUAAGAACUGGGCCAAGGCUGCCGCCUACGUUACGUCUCCUCCCCUGAGCCCUGACCCCACCACGCCCGACUACCUCACCUCACUGCUGUCCUGUGGCGAUCUCCAGGUGACAGGUAGUGCCCACUGCACUUUCAGCACUGCCCAGCGCGCCGUGGGAAAGGACAACUUCACACUGAUUCCUGAGGGGACCAACGGCACUGAGGAGAGGAUGUCCAUCGUGUGGGACAAGUGUGUGGUGACCGGAAAGAUGGACGAGAACCAGUUUGUGGCCGUCACCAGCACCAGCGCUGCCAAGAUCUUCAACCUGUACCCGCGCAAGGGCCGCAUCGCUGUGGGCUCCGACGCCGACCUGGUUCUCUGGGACCCCGACAUCACCAAGAUUAUCUCUGCCAAGAGCCACAACCUGGCUGUCGAGUACAACAUUUUCGAGGGCAUGGAGGUACGCGGUGCCCCCCUGGUGGUCAUAAGCCAGGGCAAGAUUGUGCUGGAGGAUGGAAACCUGCACGUGACUGAGGGCUCAGGCCGUUAUGUUGCCCGCAAACCCUUCCCUGACUACGUGUACAAGAGGAUAAAGGCACGCAGUAGGCUGGCUGAGCUGCGGGGGGUCCCCCGAGGGCUCUACGAUGGACCUGUGUGCGAGGUGUCUGUCACUCCGAAGACGGUGACCCCGGCGACCUCGGCGAAGACGUCCCCUGCCAAGCAGCCGGUGCAGCCGGUUCGGAAUCUGCACCAGUCGGGCUUCAGCCUGUCAGGUGCCCAGAUUGACGACAACGUCCCGCGCCGCACUACGCAGCGCAUCGUGGCCCCCCCUGGAGGAAAGGCCAAUAUCACAAGUCUUGGCUAAAGCCUCCUAUUGGCCACCUGGGGGAGGGAAUCGUCGUGACAGAGGGGCCGUGCCCAGAGGCCACGCCCACCGUUAGGGGUUCAUCCAGGAUGUUACCUGCUGGACUUCCUCCCUCGUCUUUGUCUGUGAUGCAGCCACUCAUCUUCUCCUCUCCAUCCACAAUCCCCCAGGAACACAGAGAUAUAUCAAAGUCCUCAAAAAGAGAAAAAUGUGUGAACACACCAGACUGCGUUAUUCACUGUAAUUUACUGUAUCAUCCUUUUGCCGUACACCAUUUUAAUUUUUUUUUUUAAGGAAGAGUCAAGUGAUGUGGAGUCUGAGCUCUAGUAGUUUGUUUAUUAAGGGAAACGUGUAGAAAAUGUUUCUUCCU